CACCAGAUGCCAGAGCGCAGGAUCCGGCGUCCUGGAAACCGCCUUUUGACCCUUACAAUUUCCCACAUGCCCCUUCGCUAAGCAUGUCCAACAUGGCGCCGAAGAAGGGAGAUUUAAACGACGACGAGAAAGAUUUGAUCGCUCAGAUAAACGCAGGAGACAUCAGUCAAGUGAAGACUUUGCUGAGCAAGAAUAAUGUGAGGGUGGACUGUCUAGACGAGAAUGGCAUGACUCCUUUACAACAUGCUGCCUACAAGGCGCAGACGGACAUCUGUCAGGUCCUACUGAAGAAUGGAGCAGAUGUCAACUCCAACCAGCACGAGCAUGGCUACACAGCACUCAUGUUUGCUGCAUUGUCAGGUAACCUGGAGGUAACCAGGGUGAUGUUGGAGGCAGGGGCACGGACCAGCACCGUCAACACAGUGGGACGGACGGCAUCACAGAUGGCAGCAUUUGUGGGGCAGCAUGCAGUUGUCAGUCUCAUCAACAACUUCUUCUCCAGGGAGGAACUGGACCACUACACCAAGCCACAGGGUGUAGAGAAGGAGCCAAAGCUACCCCCCAGCCUGGCUGACUGUGUCCACAAACUCAUUCUCAUGUCCAACCUCAACCCUGUUAAGAUCAUCCUGCACCUCCAGGAGAACCCAGAGUUCCAGGAUGAGCUGGUGACGGUGGCCCGCCUGCUGGACACCCUGUGCACCAAGUUCAUGAAGCAGUCAGAGACUAACGAGGUCAUGGCCAUGAAGGUGCACUACCAGGGCUGUGUGCUGAGGGAGGCUCACAAGUGGCUGGUGGAGAAAAACGACACCCUCCAGAACCUGAUGAAAUAUUUCUUGAAGGGCAGAGAGAAAGACGGCUUCCCAGUUGCACAGGAAAAGUUUCUUCGCUUGUCGAUACGCAGUUUCCCGUACCACGAGAGCGAACUGCUACAACAGAUAGUACACAACGUGGCACCAGUCACUGUGGGCGAUGACCCCACAGCCCUGUCCAUCCUCGUGUCUGCCAUUAAUGGCCACCAGAGCGCAGCAGCAGAGGACCAGUGUUUCACAUGUGGGGAGCUGCAAGCUGAGAAGAAAUGUUCUGCCUGCAAAAAGGUGAAGUACUGUGGCCAGGCAUGUCAGAAGCUCCACUGGUUCACCCAUAAGAAAGUCUGUGCCACGCUGAAGGCAGAGUACCUCCAGGAACAGGAGCUGGCUCAGAAAAUGAAACAACAAAGUCUCGAGGGGCAGGAAGUGAAUGGAGGAGGGGGUACUGAACAGCAAACCAGCACAACUGGGGAUGGAGACCCUGGGACAGAGAUCAGCAAUGGUGCAGCACACUCUGGGAACGAGCCCCAAGACGAAGAAGACAUCAAUAUAGAAAUUGUUGAAGCAGAUGGAGACUUGGAAAUCACAGAAACCUGAGAACCUGUUUAAUAUGCAACAAUUACUCUUAUACAUAUAUGUAUGAUAACAAGGAUUUAAAGAUGAAAUUGCAAUUGUAUAGCAAUAUACAUUUUUGGGAUCAAGAUGUUGUAACAAGAGAUAGGCCUGUUUACAUACAGAAUCGGAUUGAUCUCUGUAAAAAAUAUACUUAAUUCCAGCCUAUGCUAAAUGGAAUUAGGGUUCAAAAUGUAGUUGUACAUUGAUUGAUUCCGAUCUCUGUCACAUUUUGAUUGGAAGUCUUUGUACAAUUGUUUUACUGAAUAGUCUGGUAUCGGUCAAUACAAAAUGAUUGGCAUGAGAGAUCGCCUAAGAUAUAGGC